UGCGCCUCGCCCUGUGGAUGCCUUUGACAUUAUGACCGCAGAAGAUUCCACCGCAGCCAUGAGCAGCGACUCCCCCGCCGCAGCCACGGCCACGGCCACGACAGCCAAUGCCGCGGGAGCAUCCUCGGCUUCUGCAGCAGCAGCAGCGGCCUGCAAGGUCCCCCCGGAGGGCGUGGCGGGCGCCCCCAACGAGGCGGCCCUGCUGGCCUUGAUGGAGCGCACGGGCUACAGCCUGGUGCAAGAGAACGGGCAGCGCAAAUACGGAGGGCCGCCCCCGGGCUGGGAAGGCGCGCACCCGCAGAGGGGCUGCGAGGUCUUCGUGGGCAAGAUCCCCCGCGACGUGUACGAGGACGAGCUGGUGCCGGUGUUCGAGAGCGUGGGGCGCAUCUACGAGCUGCGCCUCAUGAUGGAUUUCGACGGCAAGAACCGGGGCUACGCCUUCGUCAUGUACUGCAACAAGGACGAGGCCAAGCGCGCCGUGCGGGACCUCAACAACUACGAGAUCCGGCCGGGCCGCCUGCUGGGCGUGUGCUGCAGCGUGGACAACUGUCGCCUCUUCAUCGGCGGCAUCCCCAAGAUGAAGAAGCGCGAGGAGAUCCUGGAGGAGAUCGCCAAGGUCACCGAGGGCGUGCUGGACGUCAUCGUGUACGCCAGCGCGGCCGACAAGAUGAAGAACCGAGGCUUCGCCUUCGUGGAGUACGAGAGCCACCGGGCCGCAGCCAUGGCCCGGCGCAAGCUCAUGCCGGGCCGCAUCCAACUCUGGGGCCACCAGAUCGCCGUGGACUGGGCCGAACCCGAGAUCGACGUGGACGAGCACGUCAUGGAGACCGUCAAGAUCCUCUACGUGCGCAACCUGAUGAUCGAGACCACCGAAGACACCAUCAAGAAGAGCUUCGGCCGCUUCAACCCCGGCUGCGUGGAGCGCGUCAAGAAGAUCCGCGACUACGCCUUCGUGCACUUCGCCAGCCGCGAGGAUGCUGUGCAUGCCAUGACGCAUCUCAAUGGCACGGAGCUCGAGGGCUCCUGCCUGGAGGUCACCCUGGCCAAGCCUGUGGACAAGGAGCAGUAUUCCCGCUACCAGAAGGCAGCCAAGGGGGGUGGUGGUGCUGCUGCUGGUGGUGGUGGCCUGGCCGAAGCGGGUGCGGUGCCCCACCCGGGCUACGUCUACUCCUGUGACCCCUACACCCUGGCCUACUACGGCUACCCCUACAACGCGCUCAUCGGGCCCAACAGGGAUUACUUCGUGAAAGCAGGCAGCAUUCGAGGCCGGGGUCGAGGUGCAGCUGGCAACAGAGCUCCGGGGCCCCGGGGUUCAUACCUCGGGGGAUAUUCUGCUGGCCGUGGCAUAUACAGCAGAUAUCACGAAGGAAAAGGAAAACAGCAGGAGAAAGGAUACGAACUCGUCCCGAAUCUGGAAAUCUCUGCAGUCAACCCAGUUGCCAUUCAGCCUGGUACAGUGGCCAUCCCUGCCAUCGGGGCCCAGUAUUCCAUGUUCCAGGCUGCACCAGCUCCUAAGAUGCUUGAAGAUGGCAAAAUCCACACCAUGGAACACAUGAUUAGCCCUAUUGCUGUGCAGCCAGACCCUGCCAGUGCAGCGGCUGCUGCUGCUGCCGCCGCCACCGCUGCCAUCAUCCCUGCAGUGUCUACGCCACCACCAUUCCAGGGUCGCCCAAUAACUCCAGUAUACACAGUGGCUCCAAAUGUUCAGAGAAUUCCCACUGCCGGGAUCUAUGGAGCCAGUUACGUUCCCUUUGCUGCUCCUGCCACAGCCACGAUUGCCACACUACAGAAGAAUGCUGCAGCCGCCGCAGCCGUCUAUAGCGGCUACCCGGGCUACAUACCUCAGGCCUUUCCUGCUGCUGCUAUUCAGGUGCCCAUCCACGACGUCUAUCAGACAUACUGAGCCUGUCCACAAGAGCAUAGCCCGUGCCCCAGGCUCCCCCUGAAGGAACCCCUCUACUAUUUAUGAAGAAAGCACAUGCUGGAUUAGCAUCCAGACGAAGGCUGAAAGUGAAGAAUGUUAUUCUAUCUCAUACUGAAAUCUUUUAUAUACAUGAAGGUUUCACUAGUUUGGGGUUUUUUCUUUUGAGACUUAUUUUCAACCUAGCAGGCCUGCGUGUGUCUGUUUCUAAGAGACUUACAGCAGGCUCGUGCCUUAAUACCUACCAUCUCUUAAAAGAUUUGUAUGCUGUCGUACAUUUGUAUAGAGGUUUUUUUGUUUUUGUAUUUUUAAGGAUAUAUUUUCAGUAUGAAGGUUAUUUUCUUAAUGUCUGCACUCCAGAGAUUUCUAUUUUGUAGUACCUUCAGUAAUAUAUCAACUCUAGGUUAAAAAAAAAAGAA